CACAAUAGAUUUGAUAAUGGCCACAGCAUUCGGCAUACAAUCAAAUUGUAUAAAACAGCAAAAUCAUGAAUUCAAGUAUUGGGGAAAACAAGUCUUCGGAGAGGCAAGUAUUUGGAAAGUUCUCUUCAUGUUUUCACCUAAUAUAAUGAAAUUUUUUUCCAUUCCCUUUACGGAUAAAAAAACAAGUAAAUUUUUUAUGGACUUAUUUCAAGAAAAUAUGAAUUAUCGGAAAAAUAAUAAUAUUAUCAGCGAGGAUUUCAUGAAUGCGCUUAUACAAUUGACGGAGAAGGGAUAUAUUAAAUAUGACAACAAAAAAGACGUUAUCGGCGAUUUAUCAGACGUAAACAAACUAACCAUAGCUGAAGCGGCUGCACAAGCUUUCGGUUUCUUUUUGGCUGGCUACGAAACAUCAGCCACAACAGCUUCGUAUUGUUUAUACGAAUUAGCUUGCAAUCCUGAUAUACAGGAUAAAGUUCGCACAGAAAUUGAUGAAUUAUUAGAAAAACAUGGUGAGAUAUCGUACGAGGCUGCAAAUGAAAUGAAAUAUUUUCAAAACGUAAUAAAUGAAACUUUAAGAAAAUAUCCCCCACUAUCCAUUUUAUUUCGGAAGUGCACUAGAGAUAUAGAUCUCUCAGAUACAGAUAUCCACAUUUCAAAAGAAACUAUAGUCGUUAUACCGGUGCUUGGAUUGCACCGCGAUCCAACUAUAUAUCCGGAUCCGGAUAAAUUUGAUCCGGAACGAUUCACCGAAGCCAAUAAAGCAACAAGGCACUCGUUUGCAUAUUUACCAUUUGGUCAAGGACCACGGAUGUGCAUGGCAGACGUAAAUAAGCUAACCACAACUGAAGCGGCUGCACAAGCUUUCGAUUUCUUUUUGGCUGGCUACAAAACAUCAGCCACAACAGCUUCGUAUUGUUUAUACGAAUUAGCUUGCAAUCCUGAUAAAGUUCGCACAGAAAUUAAUGAAUUAUUAAAAAAACAUGGUGAGAUAUCGUACGAGGCUGCAAAUGAAAUGAAAUAUUUUCAAAACGUAAUAAAUGAAACUUUAAGAAAAUAUCCCCCACUAUCCAUUUUAUUUCGGAAGUGCACUAGAGAUAUAGAUCUCUCAGAUACAGAUAUCCACAUUUCAAAAGAAACUAUAGUCAUUAUACCGGUGCUUGGAUUGCACCGCGAUCCAACUAUAUAUCCGGAUCCGGAUAAAUUUGAUCCGGAACGAUUCACCGAAGCCAAUAAAGCAACAAGGCACUCGUAUGCAUAUUUACCAUUUGGUCAAGGACCACGGAUGUGCAUGGGUAUGAAAUUAGCCUUCUUGCAAAUAAAGAUGGGACUUGCAAAACUGUUGUUGAAAUAUAAAUUCAAACCACAUCCAAAGACUUCAAUCCCGUUAACGUUAGAUAAAACGUCAGUUUUAAUAGUUGCCCCAAAAGGUGGAAUACAUCUAACCAUUGAGCAACGAUAACGGUCUUUGUUCAUUUUUCCUAAAAUGGUUCGAGAUAUUGUUAUAAAUAAUAUUUCAAAAUCAUUCUUGUAAUUAGUUUUAAGUAUUAUAAUACUACUUUGUACCAUAUAAUAAAAUGUUUCGU